AUGAGUCGCAGAAUAUUUGGAUGGGUACUUGUCGUGGGAUUUGGUAUCGCAAAUGGUUAUAUAACCUUCCAGCCUGCGUUCGAAGAACGAGAAAGAGGAAAGUUGAAGCAGGAGGAACUUGCAGCAACGGAUCUGGGACCCCAUAUGGUUGAGAUCCCAGCACAGUUGAUGCAACCUGCCACCAAUACUUCGUUGAAUGCCAGUAAGCAGGAUGGAAACAAGUGA